AUGGAGGCUGCUGAAGAAAGCCCAGUGGAGAUCCACUGCCCCGCUCAGGACAGCUCAAUCACGUCGGAUAAUAACACUGGUACAGAUGAAGUUCUUGACUCCCUAGAGGGCAAGAGGAAGCGGAAAGGGUACUUUCCAACCAAGUCUGUGAAGAUCCUCCGUGAUUGGCUGUAUGAGCACCGGUUUAAGGCGUACCCUUCAGAGACAGAGAAGCGAAUACUGUCAGAGCAGACCAGUUUGUCUUGCCUGCAGAUCUCUAAUUGGUUUAUCAACGCUCGCAGACGCGUUCUUCCGGAAAUGCUUCAAGAGGAUGGAAACGAUCCCAACCAGAUCACCAUGUACGACGAAAAAAGCAGCGCUGCUGAUGUGACCCACCAGCAGAGCACGGAUCCAUCUAUGGCCGAGUCAGGGCCCGAAGAUCCGGAAAAGAUGCAGUGCCUGCCCCUGAGCCCCCUACCAAUGGGCCAGGAGUCAGAGGAGAAGCUGCUGGAUUCAGAGGAGAAGCUGUUGGAUCCAGAGUCGGCCCCAGGCCAAAAGCUCUCUCCAAAGGCCCAGCCAAAUAAAAAGGUCAAGAUUUCCACCAGCAGGACCUUGCUUCUCUCUUCUCCCGAACCUGUGUCGACAGAGGAGUACCAGGAUUUCAGCAGCUUCCAGCUGCUGGUGGAUGCAGCCGUACAAAAGGCUGCCGAGCUGGAACUACAGAAGAAGCAAGAGCCCAAACCAUGAGUUCCCGUGGCCCUAAAAAACCCAAGUAGUCAGUCCCUUGUCUACUGUGGUAGAUCCACUCAUGCUUCCACAAAUAAUUUGUAGUUUUACCUUCUAUAGAGACAUUUUUCCUUCUAGGGGUUUUAUGAGAAACUUCACUACAUAUUGAGACUCUAUUCUGCCAGAUAUUUCAGUGUUUCCAGAUGGAAUGUAUUAACACUACAGCAAAGAUCUCUUCUCUAUUUCUUCUACUUCCUCCUGGAUUUAAAAGCUUCGUGCAAUCAGACCAAUAUAUCUGAAACUAGACACAAUGCUGAGACUUCUUCAGAGGAUGUUUUGCCUUUUCUAACAGACUUUUUGGUCCAGGAGCUGCUGCAGAUACCAAGUCACCCCUCUUUCUCUGUCUCUCUCUAACUUUCCUUGCUUAUU